UGACCAACCAGACAACCCCCCACCCACAGACUCACUCUGCAUCUGUGCAUUCCUCCGUUUGUAGCUGACAGAGUCGGAACAAAGGAGCUCUAACACGUUGUUUAGCUUCAGCAAACGCUUUCACUCCGCAUGUCUGGCGCUGUGCAACUCUCAUUGCCUUCUUGUGCGUUUGAAUCUUCAAGUUUGAUCCACAGUGGAAGACUGCGAAAUCGUAGUCAGAUUUUCUGCAACCAAACCGACCUUCCUCAUGGAGAAGACGAUGAAAAGAACGGUGUUCAUUGCAGAAGAGAACACAGCCAACGGCGAGUAAUUUUGGUCGAAAAGUACGGAAAUAGCGCUGUGAAGAAGUAUUUUUUAGAUGAUAACCUACGGUUGCAAUCUUUUCUUGAUGAACAAACAUCUCCGACAUUCAAUGGCUUCCAAGAAUCUUGUUUUUCAGAAACAAAAUUAUCCUGGCUUCCAGAUCUCAUAAAAGAUUUUAUUUUACCCACGGGAUUUCCAGAAUCAGUUUCAGAUGAUUAUUUGCAGUACAUGAUAUGGCAGUUCCCCACUAAUGUCACUGGAUGGAUCUGUCACACGUUGGUCACAUCCAGUCUCCUCAAGGCAGUUGGUAUAGGCUCCUUCUCAGGAACUUCUGCAGCCGCUUCCGCUGCUGCCAUCAGAUGGGUCUCCAAGGAUGGCAUUGGAGCAGUUGGACGCUUAUUCAUUGGUGGACGGUUUGGUAAUCUUUUUGAUGAUGAUCCGAAACAAUGGCGAAUGUAUGCAGACUUCAUUGGCAGUGCGGGAAGCAUAUUUGAUCUUGCUACUCCAUUGUAUCCUAGCUAUUUUCUACCAUUGGCUUCUCUUGGAAAUCUUACCAAGGCUGUUGCGAGAGGACUGAAAGAUCCUUCAUUUCGAGUUAUUCAAAACCAUUUUGCGGUCUCAGGAAAUUUGGGAGAGAUAGCAGCAAAGGAAGAAGUUUGGGAAGUAGUUGCCCAGCUGCUUGGUCUUGCCAUAGGCGUCCUAAUCUUGGAUACACCAGGACUUGUAAAUUCAUAUUCAGUGUUAUCAACGACGUGGUUAAGCAUGCGGCUUCUGCAUCUUUGGUUGCGGUACCAAUCUCUUGCGGUCUUGCAUUUUAACACUAUAAAUAUGAAACGUGCUCGUAUCCUAGCAAGGGCUCACAUUUUGCACAACAAGGUACCAGUUGACUGCAACAACGAAGAAAACAUAUUAGUGUGGGAAAGAUUUACAAGGCCUUCAAUCGUCUUUGGUGUAUCAUUGGAGGAGAUGAUGGAUGGUGAGAGAUCUUCUUCCACGGUGAUGAAACUUUUGAAAUUAUAUGCCAAUGAGAAAUUCAUCCUCAUGCUGGAUGCGCAAGACAAAGACUUAAAGGUUGUCGUCUCCUUCAAGGUGGGUGCUUCUAGCAUGGCAGUUUUACGUAGUAUUUGGCAGACUUACUGGCUUGAUAAACACUGGGAUUCCUCGGAGAGCGUCGUUGAUCAGCUUGCACGGAGCCUAUCGGAGAUGGAAGAUAAGUUCGAUGAUUUUGUGCAACUGCUGGAGGGAGCUGGUUGGGAUACACAUCAAUUGAGUUUAAAAGUACCAAACAAUGUCCAAAUUGAUGUUUCUUAAUCCUGUUUUGAACUUUUACUCCGAAAAUUGAGACCACACCCUUUGCCCCUAAAAAGUUUGGUCUGGCCUGUAGUUUAUCCUUUGGUUAGAAGGAACUAGGUUUGGCAAAGGUAUACGACCAUGACCCUGCAAAAUGAAACCUCUCCAGGCAAAGUCUUCUAUAUACAUAUACGUGUAUAGGUCCCUAAACGAUAAAUUUAAUAGUGUGUUUAAUUACUCUUGGAACUUUCACUAGUCUUAAAUAGGUCUUCAAAACUUGAAAGAAUACGUAAAAUCUCCAUGAACUUUUAA